AUGGAUCGAAGCGUUUCUCCAUCCCUGAGAGAUGCUACAACUUUAAGUGGAAGCAGGCUGGCGAAUUCGCUGUCCAAGCUUUCAAAUUCUGGAAAACAACAUCACAGACCUAGUGUAAAUGAUUCAAUUUAUGGAAUUUCUCCCAAGACGAGCUAUGGCUCAAGGUAUACCACAACUGGGUAUGCUCCAUCAAUAGAAGGUGUGCAAGAAAACUCGAGCACGUCAUUUCAGACUGAUAGGGCGAGAAACUAUGUGUCCACUGGUCAGAUACGAUCAUCUGGCCUGAAAUAUUCACUUCAGGUGUCCAAGGAAUUGUCCAGUAUAGAUAAAAUCAAUGAUCCACGAUUGAAAUCAAUCGUGGUUGCUGGAAAAAAUCAUCUUGGGCUCUACGAGUUCGACAAUGAGACCGAGAAAAUACGAUGUGUUCAUGACUAUCUUCAAAGUACUAAUGACCAUGGGCCAAGCAAUGCGCGAUCAUUCAAAAAGCUAAGCACCAUAUCUGAUGUGAAGACCGGAUUUUACAACUAUAGAAAUUAUGUUGCAACCUGUGGCACGUCCAAUUCGGUAUCCAUUUAUGACAUCAAUAAGGCACAUGCGAACACCGGACCCUUAGCAACCGUUUUGUCCAAACAUACCAGGUCCAUCAAUAGCGUUGAUUUUAACAUGUCACAAACGAGUCUAAUAAUAAGUGGUGGUCAAGACGGAUGCGUAAAAGUGUGGGACCUUCGGUCCAAUGACCGUCACCGAAAUAAAAGUGAUAUUACUAUCAACAGUGGUUCUGACUCUGUAAGGGAUGUCAAGUGGCAGCCAACAUUUGAUACCAUUAGUUACGAUUCAGUGUCAGGCGUGGCCAAUCGAGGCCAUAAAUUUGCAUCAAUCCACGAUUCAGGAUUACUCUUGACUUACGAUCUCCGACAGCCUUCGCAAGCUGAAAACAGAAUCAAUGCACAUACUGGGCCUGGACUUUGCCUCAGUUGGCACCCCGUUUACGAGUAUAUCAUGACAGGAGGAAGAGAUGGUAAAUGCUGCUUGUGGAAUGUUAGUGUAAGAAAUCCAAACUUGGUGGGUAAUCCCAGUGCACACCAAAGCAAUUCUUUCGGGUCCACAAAUACUUUACUAACGCCAACUUAUUCGAUCAAUCCUACUGUAACAGCUUCGGAUGUCAUGGUCAACACCGCCCACCCCCUUACCAAGCUGAAAUUUCGACCUUCAAAUGUGGAGAAUGUCUUCAACUCAGUUGUUGCCCUAUCUUCCUUGGGAGAAAACUCUGAUGUCUCUCUUUACUCACUUAGUAGGCCAUUUGUCCCAAAAAAUGUUCUCACCACAACCACACCGUCGUGUGGGUUUGUAUGGUGGGACGAGAAUUUUAUCUUCAACAUUGAUAAGCAGAACACGAUCACCGGCUGGGAUCUUGAACGUGAGCCAACUGCUUUAGAUAACCUCGCGAAAAACGUAAUAGGAUGGAGAGACAUAGAGGGUGAUGGGAUGCUAUUCCUUUCUCAAGAACGAGGAGGAUAUGAACAAACGCAAAGGUCGUCGAUUGAUCCUCAAACAGAAAAGCGCAACUUAUCACAGAGUCGGAAGAGUGUGAAUUCUGUGAAUAACUUGUUUUCCGGUAAUGUUCUGCGACAUAAUUCGAGCACUUCGUCAUUUUCUGCCUCGACCUCUCAACAAGGAACUGCUGCGGCGUUCAUGGACCGCCCUUCUUAUCCACGCAGCGGUACGUCGUACAAUUUCAAAAAUCUUCAUGGCCAACCGUUAGGAUCAUACAACAGUCAGAGCAAUCAACACCACAAUUCAAUCACUUCGAUCAGUACUUCCUCAACUGUCUUAGACAGCGGUGGUGAAUACAUUUCCCCUCGCGUAAUAAGUUUGGACUUACCCCAUCUUAUGAACAGAAUCAUGAGCUCUUCGUCACCAAAUGCUGCUAACAGGUCCAACAUGGCAGAUUUCCAAGCUCUUAAGGAGUCUCCCGUGGAGGUUUUCAAGUUUUUAGCUAGAGAGCUCAGGUUUUCACACGUUGUGGAAAAUUUGAACGCAGCUAGUGAAGUAGCCGCUUCCGCCCCCAGUGAAGCCUCUUCUCAAAGCGAAGAUGACAUGGACAUAAAGAAGCAUCUAAUCAAUCAAUUUGGUCUUGCAGAGGAUAACACUUGGACAAAAUUUAUAAAAAAUGCUCCGCAUAAUGAUAAGGAGUUGAAUGAAGUUGAAAAUGCUCAUCAAUCAAACGAUACAGAUGCAUCAAAUUCUUCUUUGAGAAGCCAUUUCAGCUCAAAAGCGGAUGUCAACAAGAUGGAUGACGCUGUGCAGUUGAGGAAAAACUCUUCGGUGGAAAGAAACGGUAUAGUGGCCAAGAAAAGAAUUGAACAUUUCAUUGAGCUUAUUUCUAUAUGUGAUCAUAACGCUGAGACUUAUCUCUUUGUUGAAGACCUGAGUAAUUUCAAGAUCUGGAUGAUGCUGAGAGAUUCUCUCCUUUGGGAUUUGAGGCAAGUUGCAGACAAGGUCAAGUUGGAUACAUCAGAUUCAGUCUCAGAUGUCAUAGACGAGAGUGGAAACUUGGUGGAAAUGGCGCGCAAAAUGCGCCGAUCAUCAGAAGCGUCCGAGUAUAGCAGUUUCAGUGCUAGCGAAAUAGCUUCGACGCAAUUGUCUGGUAGCCUUUCAAAACAUCGCGAUGAGCUUAAUCAAGAUAACCUAUCGAGAGCAAGCUCGAGCUCGAACAUCAAAGCGCAGACGUCCCAGAGUCUAGAGAGUGAUCGUGACCAUUUGUUAUUCUACUCGGAUUCGCGGCGGACAACUCCUGAGGCAAGCUCCUCAAAGUCAGGCCCUGGAGAAUUGCGGAAGCUGCAACCUCUUGCAGAAGAUAAUGAUGACGUCGCGAUUGAAGAGGAGGACGAAAGUCAGGAAACGGAAUUUCAGCAGCAGACACAGGGCAUACCUAUCCUUCGGAAUGCAGGCAGGAGAAUUUCUUUUGUAGAUAACUUCAUCAACAAUUUGAGAUCCCCCAAAAGUAGUCAUGAUGACCGAGACUCCAGUGUUCAUAAAACGACACACCCUUUCACUUCAAGGAGGUCCAUGCGACAUAGCUUCAGCUCCUCGCUCGUGAGUCCAGGCUCGUCAAAGCUUUCAGGGAGGAAUCAAAAGUACCAGUCAAACAGUUUUGCUAGUUUAGAAGAACCUUCGGAGCAACUUUUUCGAAGGUCAAUUGACGCAAAUGAGUCGCUUGGUAUCAAGCUGCAAUCUAAUUCCGGUACUCAGCAGUCAAUGAUAAGUCAGAUGUUAAAAAACAACAAAAAGAAUGAAACGGUCCCUCCGUGGGAUUCCUCAAAACUGAUCAAAAAAUACUUCGAUGAGUCGGUCGAAAAUGGUAACGUUCUCCUUACAAUUGCAAUCAUUCUUCUAUUUCAAACAACAUUUCGUGUCGCCAGCACUGUAGUGGUCAAGAACGCCCUUGCAGAGUUUUUCGAUUUGUUACACAAGUACGAAUUGUUCGAAACGGCCGCUGACCUGGUAAAAAAUUGUCCUUGGGAUGAUAUUUUAGGCUCUGGUACCGGACAGUGCACAGUAAGGAUCUACUGCGAAACGUGUAAAAAAUUACUGGUCAAUGAGCGUUCCAAGGAAAAGUUCAUGACGGAACGGAAGCAAACUGGUGAUGCGCAGGUUAUGAAUAGAUUUGGAUACUGGUAUUGUGAUGCAUGUUCCAGACGCAACACGCUCUGUGUGAUUUGUGAACGACCAUUGAAAAAACUUGCGAUGUGCGUGUUGAAUUGCGGCCAUAUGGGACACUUUGAAUGCUUACAAAAUUGGUUCAUGCAUGAUCAAAUGGAUAGUUGUCCUUGCGGAUGUCUCGGCAAGCUUAUAUAA